AUGCUGCCAUGGGCGCCGCCAUCCCGGCUGGCGGCCCUGUGCUUCGCGUGCGCCUGGGCGGCCGCGUCACGCGUGUCCGACGACGACGCAGACCUGGAGACCGACGUCCCCGCGCAGGACGACCCGGACAGACUGCAGUCCGGCGUGCCCUGCGACCAGUGGGACGCCGCCGAAAGCGUCUGUUGGUUUCGCCGCCAGGUGGGGGACACUCUGACCCUGUGGCUUCGCAGCGGAGGCUCUGGCUCCGUAGUAUGGCGUCGUCGGUACCGGGCUCUAGACGAGUCUCGAGGCGACGCCCUGGUCACUCUGCGGCGCGACAACGCUCCGUGGAACGUUGCCUUGGGCGCCGGAGAGUUGCGCAUUUCGCCCAUCACGGACUCAGACCUCGAGCCCAACAGCUGGGAGGCGAGUGCCGGUCCCUUGGGCAACAUCAGCUUCAGGAUAUCGAUCCUCGCCCUGGACCUGGGACCCGUGUUUCGCGGGGACCAGGUUACGCUGCACAUCGAGCACUUCCUCACUCUGCCCCUCGAGUCGCUGCAGUUCCGAUGGGAACUCGAAGGCGGAGUUCCGCUAGCCGCAAACAUGAAAGUGAGCCCUUCAGGUCGGUCACUGAGGAUAACGGGCCUUCGCCGCAGUCAAGGAGGUGUGCUCGCCUGCUCAAUCUUCUCAUCCACUGGCCUUCUUGUGGCUCGGAGACGCUUUCUCGUUCGGGAGCCUCAGGAAGAACCACUUCCCGAGAUCCAGAGCCGCCUCGUGCUCGCGGAAACGAAACGCGUGAAACGGAGCGUGUUGCGUGCUCGGCGUCGCCCCCACAGAGAUCCGAACGAUGGGAUGCUACUGAGCCGUUGCAGCAGGGCUACCCAGUGCAGCCUACACGCACAAUGCAGCAGGGACUCCGGUUACUGCCUCUGCGCCGACGGCUAUCUGGGCAAUGGACUCUUCUGUUGGGAGGACGAGCGACCCUCGUGACGAAACAGCAUCCCCCAUCGACAGCGACGGUGACGACCACUUCAAGUCGUAGUCAAGCGAAGCCA